CCUUGCUAUAGUUAGCUUCGUCUUGUGUUUUGGAUGAGUUAGCAUUAGCUAUUUUCAAUCUGUUUUUAGACCAGUGUCAUUAUAUUUGAUAUAGAUGUAGCCACGUUAAAACUAGGAUGCAACAAGCUCUUCCAGUCAAGUUGUUGUGUUGACUACGUUUUAUUCGUUGUGCAUAGCGAUGCUGCAGCUGAGCAACAAGAUGGACAAAUCUGACAAGCCGGAGGUCAUGGACAACGUCAAAGUGGUUGUGCGAUGUCGCCCGCUGAACCAGAAGGAGAGGAGUAUGGGCCACAAGCAGGCCGUCAGUGUGGAUGAGAACCGAGGGACCAUAACCGUCAACAAAUUAGAGACCACCCACGAACCCCCCAAGACCUUCACAUUUGACACGGUGUUCGGACCAGACAGCAAACAGCUGGACGUUUACAAUCUGACAGCCCGCCCCAUCAUAGACUCAGUAUUAGAGGGUUACAAUGGGACCAUCUUCGCGUACGGACAGACAGGGACAGGAAAGACGUUCACCAUGGAGGGAGUGAGGGCAGUGCCAGAGCUCCGAGGAAUAAUCCCCAACUCAUUUGCUCAUGUGUUCGGCCACAUCGCCAAAGCAGAGGGCGACACCCGGUUCUUAGUUCGCGUCUCUUAUCUGGAGAUUUACAACGAAGAAGUGAGGGACCUGCUGGGGAAGGACCAGAUGCAGAGGCUGGAGGUGAAGGAGAGGCCUGAUGUGGGUGUUUACAUCAAGGACCUGUCUGGUUAUGUGGUGAACAACGCUGAUGACAUGGACCGGAUUAUGACAAUGGGGCACAAGAACCGCUCGGUUGGCUCCACCAACAUGAAUGAACACAGCUCUCGCUCUCAUGCCAUCUUCACCAUCACCAUCGAGUGCAGCGAGAAGGGUGUGGAUGGAGACCAGCACGUACGCAUGGGAAAACUCCACUUAGUGGAUCUGGCGGGUUCUGAGCGUCAGGGGAAGACUGGAGCGACGGGCCAGCGGCUGAAAGAGGCCACUAAGAUCAACCUGUCUCUGUCCACGCUGGGUAACGUCAUCUCCGCUCUGGUGGACGGGAAGAGCACCCACGUCCCCUACAGGAACUCCAAACUCACCCGCCUGCUGCAGGACUCACUGGGGGGAAACUCCAAGACCAUGAUGUGUGCGAACAUCGGCCCAGCGGACUACAACUACGACGAGACCAUCAGCACGCUGCGUUACGCCAACCGGGCCAAGAACAUCAAGAACAAAGCCCGGAUCAAUGAAGACCCCAAGGAUGCCCUUCUACGGCAGUUCCAGAAGGAGAUCGAAGAGCUCAGGAAGAAACUCCAAGAAGGGGAAGAGAUCUCCGGGUCGGAGGGCAGUGGAUCAGAAGAGAUGGAUGAAGGAGAUGACGAGGGAAGAGAGGGACGAAGGAAGCGGAGAGGCAGUGGCAGCAGCAUCAGUAGCUCAGACUCCUCUAUAGAGGCACAGACCACUGAGGAGAAACCCAAGGCUCAGACUAAAGACAGAGGGAAGAAGAAGAAGGUUUCUCCUGACAAGAUGGUAGAGAUGCAGGCGAAGAUCGAGGAGGAGAGGAAGGAGCUAGAAGCCACACUGGACAUGGAGGAGGAGGAGAGGAACAAGGUCAGGGCAGAACUGGAGAAGAGAGAGAAGGAUCUCCUCAAAGCGCAGCAGGAGCAUCACCUGCUGCUGGAGAAGCUGUCAGCCCUGGAGAAGAAGGUGAUCGUAGGAGGAGUGGACCUCCUGGCCAAGGCUGAGGAGCAGGAGAAACUACUGCAGGAGUCUAACAAUGAGUUAGAGGAGAGACGCAGGAGGGCUGAGCAGCUCCGCAGAGAGCUAGAGGAGAAGGAGGCGGAGCGUCUGGACAUGGAAGAGAAGUACUCCAGUCUGCAGGAGGAGGCUCAGGGGAAGACCAAGAAGCUGAAGAAAGUCUGGACCAUGCUGAUGGCUGCCAAGUCAGAGAUGGCCGACCUGCAGCAGGAGCAUCACCGGGAGAUCGAGGGCCUGCUGGAGAAUAUCCGCCACCUCAGCAGAGAGCUACGACUGCAGAUGCUCAUCAUAGACAGCUUCAUCCCACAGGAAUACCAGGAGAUGAUUGAGAACUAUGUACAGUGGAAUGAGGACAUUGGGGAAUGGCAGCUGAAGUGUGUAGCCUACACUGGUAACAACAUGAGAAAACAGACCCCCGUGCCGGACAAGAAAGAAAAAGAUCCGUUUGAGGUGGACCUGUCUCAUGUGUACUUGGCCUACACAGAGGAGAGUAUGAGACAGUCACUGAUGAAGCUGGAGAGGCCCAGGACCUCCAAGAGUAGUAGGCCCAAGACUGGACGAAGGAAAAGAUCAGUGAAGCCCGAGGCUGUGAUGGAAUCCCUGCUGCAGUGAGAGAGCCAAUCAGGGCUGGAGCCCCAUGUACUGCAAUGAAUCUACACUACUUUACCUUAGAAUGAACAACAGCAGUCAGUCAAUGAAUCUACACUACUUUACCUUAGAAUGAACAACAGCAGUCAGUCAAUGAAUCUACACUACUUUACCUUAGAAUGAACAACAGCAGUCAGUCAAUAGUCGAACAUGAAGAUCUUUAUUGUCGUUAUUUAAACAGAUGUUCUUAAUACACUGUUUAGCCAAGUAAGGUUUUAAAUGUGAAGUGAGGAGAGAAAACAGUUGGUCGGUCAGGGAGGGAGGGAGCAGGCAGCAGAAACUACUGUAGGAUUUUAUCAGCAUCCCAAAUGGCGCACCCUAUUCCCUAUUUAGUGCACUACUUUUGACCAGAGCCCUAUGGGAUACCCUAUGAGCCCUGGUCAAAAGUAGUGCACUAAAUAGGGAAUAGGGUGUCAUUUGGACCUGCCCCUUAGACUGCUCAAGUGUGUCCUGUAAUGCUCUGGUCAAAAGUAGUGCACUAAAUAGGGAAUAGGGUCCCAUUUGGGACGUAGAAAAUUAGUCUAUGAUGAGCACAAGCCAUGGUUUUUGAAUAGGUCUUCAAAGACAAAAGCGACAACAACAAACACUGUUUUGAGAUGACGAUGUCACCACUCCUACUGGCAGGAUGUAAUGGAUACAUCUGAUGGCCUUUCACAAAAAAACUAUUCCAUAAAUGAUUCAUAUGUGCACCACAGGUCAUAAUGCCCUUAUUUCAAGCAUCAUACUUAUGGGAGUCUAAAGUGUGCUUUUAAGCUUAGUUUCCUUCUUUGUCUGAAGGGUAGGACAUGCAUGCCAUGCCACUUCCAUAGACGAGUGCGCAACAAUGGGACAAACUACACUAUAUUUAGUCUCCAAAUGUUUAGUGAAAACGAAUACAUUUGCACAAUGAGCGCUUAUCUCUAAAAUGCAUCCUUACAGUUGUUGGUUAGCGAGGGUAUUUUCACCAUAUUAGCAUGGACGUGACAUCAGUCGAAACACCUCAAAAUAAAACGUGAUAUUAAUAACGAGAUACUACAAGCUGAAACCAGCCUCUUACGAUUCCCCACGUUGCAGCUUUCUGUCAUUGUUGUUCGCUAUCUGAACGCCACACGGACUUCUGUCUUGUCGAGACGCACAUCAUUUCCUGAUGUCAGCUAACCCGUCUAUAUAGUAAUGCCAUUCGUCCAUUAAACACUAACUAAGGCAUUUUUUUGGCACGCUUUGAUUUCUUCCUUUUCAGCUCAUCGUUCAUGGUGUAUUGUAGUGGAAGCAAAGUGUCUUCAUUUUGGAAUUGACUGUAUUUCAAAUGUUUACAUUACUGAGCCCCCCUCCCCCCCUGUAUUUAGUUAAUUUAUUAAAUUAUUGCACAUG